UCCGCCGAUCAAAGCGCGCUGCGCAUAUUUCUUCCGUAUAUGCAAUUGCUGCGCGGUCUGACAAAGGGAGGCGAAUAGCACUGGACAAAACUGUUCAACUGGUUUCGUCUUGUGCGCUUUUGAGUAUUUCUAGCUCUUCUCUUCUGUGACAUCAAGUUUCGUCGAUGCACGCCCUGUGCUAAAAUAGGGAAACGUACCGUUCGUUGCGUUGAUGCUUGACGUGUCUUGUUUCUUUGUGCCAAAAGAAUAUCAAUACAGUUGCGUAUCUCUGCGAUGUUAUCCGAUGAAAGGGAAACAAACGGCCCUCAGAACUUCGAGUGGAGCUCGAUCGAACGUCUGUGCGCUGUUAUCUCGGUUCGAUUCAAGGAGCCAGCUUUCGACACGUCUCUGAAAACUUCUGAGGUCCUAAUUUCUUACAAUCCUAAUGACGAUCUUGCAAGAUUGCUAUCAUCGCUCCUAGCAAUUAAGAGCGCAGUCAAUGAAGUAGUCUACGCCCAUUAUGUUGGUUUUCAUCGCUCAAUAUCAAAAUAUGCUGAUAUUGUUCAUGUUUUUGACCACAUCCAGCAGAUUGUAAUGUCCAUGAGUUCGUCAUUCACCACUGCAAGAGGAUGUCUACGCUGUGAAAAGGGCAGCUUCAUUGAACACACGAGAGCAUGGGUUGAAACUAUUACUUUGCAAGAUUUAAAUUAUAGACUCCUCGAGGUCCUGAGUGUAACUUGUUUUCCAGAGAGGACACGCUUUUUUCUGUCCGGCGGUCAUUAUCUACCUGCUGUCGUGCUUGCUGUUGAAACCAACUCAAUAUUCGCCGAUCUGUGUUUUCAUCGUUCCGGUUCUGUUUUGCAAAAUAUUUUUCAGGAGUACUCAACUCACGCGAAGGCAAUAUGUAAAGCGGUUUCAGCAGAGCUCACUAGUGCUGUAUUUCUUGGGCACAUAAAGAAUACGUGUAGUUCUUCCUACCAUUUGAGCCUGUUUACCAAAGUACAACCUCGUAAAAGUCAGUGGGGUGAUAUGUUAAUUGCGUGCUCGUCUGGGAAAGAAUUGAUAACUUUCUUUGGCAGACUUAUGGGAUAUUUGGCAGGUCAACUAAGUUCAGAUUUUUUUCUCUGCCCUUGUUCUUUUGUACUAGACGGGGCAGGACAUGAAACCCUUAAGAUUUUUCACAGGGAGCUUUUGCAGUGUUGUCACCGUAAUCUGCUCAUAGAUUUCUUUGCCAGCAAAGUCUUCGCGCAUCAAGUGAACUGUGUUCGGCUUGGACAAUAUCAUCUUGUUCUUCAGUCUGUUUUAGAGCACAUCCUCAACUCUUAUCAAGUAAUCCUCGCGAACAUAGGGCAGGUCAAUGAUCUUAGAAGGGAAGUCGUCCAAUUCAACUUCAUUUCAAACGAGUUUCACCAGAAUAUCUGGAUUGAUGUAGCUCGAGUUGUUGUCGAUGCCCUCUCUAAAACGCUGGAUAGAACCGUCAUGAACCUCAGUGGAUGCACAUUGUCGAAUAUUUUUCGCUGGGAAAUUUGCGAUUUUGAGUAUGGACUCAACUCAGCAUUUUCUAAAUCAGGUAAUGGCCAAAGGUUAUGCCUAUUUAGAGAUGCUGAUGAGCUUAGAUCAUUCACUUUUCAAUGGAACCGUGGUCGCAAAACGAUGUGCGAAACCGAGAAGUCGAAGAAACCGUACCACGUCGACCUAUGUAAGAAAAGCUCGGGCUUCCAAGCCAAAACUAUGGUUUGCCACUUGGCUGAAGUUACUCGAGCGGCUCAGCGGCUACAGCGAACAUUGGGUUUACCAGACUCACGCACGCGUGGGAUUUUUGAUGAGUACUUGGCAUGGACUAUCCUUGUCAAGACUUCACAGCGCUUAACAUGCGAUGCAUAA